UAAUUUUAUAUUCAAGUCAUUUCAAUAACGUUCGAACAACUGUGACCGAAUUAUUUAUGUUUGAAAAGUUUUUCAUGUAUAAAGAAUAAUUCGAAGAUGAAUGAAUCCGAUCACUUUCUACAAUGUAAAAACUUAGUAAAUAUAUAAACGUUGGAAAAUUUUGUCUUGUUUUAUCUUCUUAAGAUAAAGAAUGAUCCAAAAAUAAUCAUCCUCUUCUCGUAAUGUACACAGCAUGAUCACUAUGACAGGAAAUAGCUGACUUUUGUUAGGAAAUAGUGGGAGCUGCUAUAUGAAUUGUGAAUAGCACUGUACGCAUCAGUGUACCAAGAAAUAUACAAAUCAGUGAUCACUAUAAGUAAUAUUAGUUUUCUUGUUGCUUGUACAUUAGUAACGUCCACCGAUUGCUCUACAAUGUUUGGGCGUUAUAAAAAAGCAGUAAUUGGAGUAGGAAUUGUAUUAUUUUUAUCGAUAAUCAUCGCGGUAAUUUUAUUAAAGACUGGUAUAUUAGAUGAUGAUGAUGAUGAUAAUUUAUUGACAAAGUCAUGGGGUAAAAAAUUGAUUAGUAAAUCUUAUCUAGGAAAAUUUCAAAAGGCUGCAGUAUCAUCAAAUGGAGAAGAGUGCUCAGACAUAGGGAAUGGUAUACUUAAAAAAAAUGGUUCAGCUGUUGAUGCUGCAAUUUCAAUGUUAUUGUGUGAAGGAGUUUCAUCACUUCACAGUUCAGGAUUAGGAGGUGGUUUUUUAAUGACUAUUUGGGAUGCAAAAAAUAAAACAGCAGUAUUUCUUGAUGCAAGGGAAACUGCUCCAAAAAAUGCUACAAAAGAUAUGUUCAAUGGUAAUGCUGCAGCAUCACGAUUUGGUGGAAUGGCUAUAGCAGUUCCUGGAGAAUUAGCAGGAUAUUGGGAAGCUCAUCAACGUUACGGCAAACUCCCUUGGAAAGAAUUAUUUUUACCUGUUAUCGAACUUUGUGAAAGAGGUGCUUUAGUAAAUCCUUAUCUUGAAAGAUCAUUAAAAUCCAAGUUACAAGACAUAUUAGCAGAGCCUACUCUUGCCGAUAUCCUUAUUGAUCCAAAUACUAAUUCUACUUGGACCUCAGGAAAAAGAAUAAAACGACCUCAGCUAAAAAAAACUUUGGAAAUGAUUGCUGACAGUGGUAAAGAUAUAUUCUAUGAUGGAAUAAUUGGAGAAGCAUUGGUACGAGAAAUACAACAGAUGGGUGGAAUUAUAGAAAUGGAUGAUUUGAGAAGUUAUAGAGCAUUAUGGAAAAAUCCUAUUUCAUCAAAAAUUGGUAAACACAUUGUACACACAGCAGCUUUACCAGGUUCUGGAGUUAUCUUAGCAUUUGCUUUAAAUGUUUUGGAAAGUUUCGUCCCGACUGCUAAUGAAUCUGUUUUUUAUCAGCGAUUUGCAGAAACUUUUAAAUGGGCAUUUGCAAAACGAACAGAGCUCGGAGAUGAUAACUUUGUUAAUCUCACAAGUUUAAUGAAAAACCUUACCUCCAAAACCUAUGCUGACGAAGUACGCCAAAAAAUUCUCGACAACUGGACUAGUACUGAUCCUAAAUAUUAUGGAGCCAUUACUCAUACUCCUGAUGAUUUUGGAACUGCUCAUAUUUCUAUUUUAGCAUCAGAUGGAUCAGCAGUCUCUGCAACUUCAACAAUCAACCAAGUUCUAGGAGCAAUGAAACGAUCUCCAUCAACCGGAAUUAUUUUCAACGAUGAAAUGGAUGAUUUCAGUUCUCCAAAUAUCAUUAAUAGUUUUGAAUUACCACCGUCUCCAGCCAAUUUUAUUGCACCAGGCAAAAGGCCAUUGAGUUCAAUGGUUCCAACGAUUAUUACUGAUGAUAAAGGUGAAGUUCAAUUAGUUGUCGGAGCUGCAGGCGGUACAAAAAUUACAACCGGAGUUGCUUUAACAAUUGUAUUAAAUCUAUGGACAGGAUAUACUAUUAAAGAAGCUAUUGAUGUUCGAAGACUACAUCAUCAACUAUUACCAAUGAGGAUUGAAGCUGAACCAAACUUCCCUUCUGCAAUAUUAAAUUACUUAAAAAGUAUUAAUCACACUAUUGAGCACUAUGUUGGAAUAGGAAGCGCAGUAACCGCAAUAUCAAAAUUAAAUCACCCCGGAAUUACAGCAAAUGCUGAUUAUCGACGAUACGGAUCUGUUGCUGGCUGUUAAUGAUAUAUAAAGAAAUUUGUUUUACAUUUUUAUAUACGUAAAAUCCGCUUUAUUCCAUUUAUUCAAUUCUAUUCAUUUAUUGUUUUUAAUUGUUUAUUAUAGAGAAUAUAUUUUUCCACAAUAAUUGGUUUAAUAAAUAUUUAUGAAAAUUUA